AUGAAGAAGCACCAGCCGCACUCGGUGCAGGGCACCUUCAGCCGCCUGUUCGGCAAGCGCCACUCCAGCCCCAGCGCCGCGUCCCUGUUCGCCACCAACCCGCCCUGGAUCUUCACGCAGGAGGUGACCUCGGACAGCGCGGGUGGCACCGGUGAUGUGAUCGAGGUCUAUUACGGGGACAAUCGCUUCGGGACGGUGACAGACUCGGGCACGGCCACGCUGAAACCCCGCCCGAGGGUCCGGCCCCUGCUGACCUUCCUGCCCCUGAACGCCCAGGAAUCCCACGGGGUGGCUGUGCCAACGCCGUCGGUGCCAGAAGACUUUGUGGAGAAGGCAGCUCUUGGCUCUGGCUCCCAGCUCAAUGGCAAUAUUCGCAUGUACAGCUCGGUGGGGGACCUGCGCCCGCAGGCCCUCGAUGGGCACGACCUGGAUGAAGACAUCCCCCCGCCACCAUCGGUGCCCCCACCGCCCCCUCCAGCGCCCGUGUCACCGCCCGUGGCCUCGCCGGUGCCUCCACCCCCCGAGAUGCUGCCGCCGCCGCCGCCGGUGCCACCCGAGGCGGUGCCAGUGCCACCCGAGGCGGUGCCACCGCCCCCCGCCAUGGCAGCACCGCCGCCGCCUGCCUCAGCCCUGCCCUCGCCCAGCACUCCUGCUCCUCCAGACUUCAUCCCUCCUGCCCCGCCAGGCGCCCGCGACCCCUCCGGCCCCGGCAUGUCCAAGUGGAAAUCGGAGACCGUGCUGAACUCGAGGCAGGGGGACGCCGAGGGGCCGCUCUGCGCUGCCGAGCCCGGGGUGCCCGCGGCCCCCAGCCCCAAGGAGAGCCUGCAGCCCAAGGCCGAGCCCCACCUGACCUUCCCCAGGUCGUUCAAGGUGCCGCCGCCGGCCCCGGCGCGCUCCUCGUCCAUCCCGGUGCAGGAGGGCCGGCAGGAGCCCCCCGUGCCCAGGCAGCCUCACACCCGGCCGCCCCUGCCGCCCUGCUUCACCAUCAGAGCCGCCAGCAAGGCGCGGCCGGGAGAGGCCGAGCAGAGGAGCUCCGGGCUCAGACAGGGCCUGGGGAAGGCGGCUGUGCCCCCUCCGCUGAGCCCCAAGCCGGGCACAGGCCUCGGCCAAGGCGUGAAUCCCCCCGGCCGCCGGUCCCCUCUGCCAGGCUCCGAGGGGGAGAGGAUUCCCCAGCUGAAAACAGCCGGGAGAGACUCCCCUCCAAAAUCUGAACCUCUCACUGCCAACGACCUGGAUCUGCCUCCUCCGGACUACCCGAGCUGCGAGGAUGACUGGAAGGAUGCCAGCAACCUGAACAAGCUGCGGGACGAGCUCUCGGCGCUGCUGCGCUCCCCGCGCCGUGAGGAGAGGCCGCUGGAGAAGCCAGGAGCUCCCCAGCCCAUGGACAGCGGUCCCAGCCAUGCUGGCAGCCGUGAGCCGGGGCCCAGCGAGCCCCAGAUCACCAGGAAGGACAUGGGGUUACCCAAGGGAGGGGAGACUGAGAAGAAAGAGGUGCCCAGCAGCACCCCCAGCACCAGUGUGGGCUCUCCCAUCACGGCAGUCACUGCCCCAGACAGCAACUCUAACACACAGCCCCGCAGUGUGAUGAUGAUCAGAAACGAGCUGGAGGCUGUGCUGUCCCUGAAGAAAGAGGGGAAACCUGCUCCAGGGCCCAGCAGCCAGAAGCAGGCUGUGGAGAAUGGCAUCAGCACCCCACAAGUGAGGAAGAGCCCCCCUGAUGUGAGGAAGGGCCCCCCUGACACAAGAGACUCAGUGGUGCCAAAGCCGGUCCCCAGCCCGCUCCCAGCCCCGGUGGCUGCUGUGGAGAAGGAUGAGACAGACCACGAGGACCAUCCUGCUCCUGCUGCUGGCACGGUCACAGAGGACGUGAGCCCUGCUCCUGGGUCCCUCAGCAGCAGCAGCGUGAGUCCCCCAGAGCCACCUCAGGCACCGGCAGAGGAGCCCCCAGCUCCCAGCCCGCCCUCGGCCCCUGUGUCCCCUGCUCAGAGCCCGGCACCACAGCCCAGCUCGGCCGUCUUCCAGUACAAAGUGCACCGGGCUGGGGCGGGCUCUGCUGAGCCACCCUGCCCCAGGAGCUCAGGCAGCAGCCCCCCAGGCCCCUCGGGAGCGGGGCAGGAGGAGGUGCUGAUCCACCCGGUGACGGGGGAGCGCGUGGAGCGGGGCUCGCCCAUGGCCCUGCUGCUGGCAGCCCGGCAGCGUGCCCAGCGGAGCCGCCAGCCCGGGGAUGGAGCAGCUGCACUCAGGGUGAGGCCAGCCCUGAGACUCGGCAGUGCCUCGUCGGACACCACCUCCUCCACCAGCUUCUUCCGCAACGAGUCCAAGCCCUUCUCCUUCACCGUGGUGCCUCGGCCGUCUGCGGCCAGCCCGGCGGGGUCUGGCUGGAGCAAACCCCCCUCGUUCUCCAGCUCCUCGGAGCAGGGCCGGGCCGUGCGGGCGGUGGGAGAGGCGCAGCUCCCCAGGCCCCAGCGAGCCGCUGCCUCCAGCCUGCUCCGGGGGCUGCUGGACUCGGGACAGCCCGGCCCGGCCCGGCACGGAGCUCCCAGCGAGGAGGAGAGCGGGGACACGGCGCUGGACUUUGGCAUCAUCCCCCCGCCCCCCGAAUUCAGCAAUGAGGCGGACCAGGCUUCCCUCCCGAGCCGGGAGGAGAGCCGCAAGUGCCCCAGCGUCCCUGACAGCGGCCGGGGCUCGGGAGAGCCGCGCUAUUUCAGGUGGGCUGGCUACAGCCGCAUCUAUGGGGCCAACAACCCAGAACCAGCGGCUCUGCCGCCCUUGGAGAAGAGCUGGAGGAACGGAGACCUCGCACCGCAGUACCCGGAUAACAGCAGCUCCUCGAGCUUCCCCAGCCACGGCCCCAACCCGCGGCCGCUGAUCAAGAAGCGCCUGUACAUGUCGGAGCCCGACAGCUCCUACCCCCGGGCUGCCGCAGCCCCCCGGGCCUCGGGCACCCUGUCCUCCACCCUCUCCUCCUACGGCCCCGGGGGAUUCAGCUCCACGCCCGGGGAGGGGGCUCGGCGCCCGGGCCCUGGCCUCAGGAACGGCCCCUCGAGCGCCCAGGGCAGGCGGGCGUCCAUGGAUGCUGCGGGGAAAGCCGCGGCCUACGGCGGCACCGGGGCUGAGGCCAAGUACAAGGGGCAGAACGGGGACUUCUCGCCCGCCAGCGUGCUGACAGCCAGCAGGCCUGCCCACGGCACCCCACACUACGGGGCACCCUCCAACACCUUCACGGUGCGGCCUGGCACCCGCCAGCCCAUCUCCUACGCCUACCCGAGCCACCGGUAG